AUGAAGCCGCUGAUCUUUCCCACGGAGCACAUUCUCAAGCGCGGUGACUCCGAGGCGAUCGCCUACAGUUUCUUUCAUCUGGCGCACUGGAAGGCGGUGGACGGGGCGCUGAACCUCCUCCACUGUACGUGGGAGGGCACCUUCAGGCUGAUCCCCUACCCCCUGGAAAAGGGGAACCUCUUUUACCCCUACCCGCAGUCCACCGAGGCCACCGACAGGGAACUUCUUCCCAGUUUUCACACGGUCUCCGUGUAUCCCAAAAAGGACAUCCCCUUUUUCAUCAUCUUCACGGCGGUCUUGUGUUCGCUAACAGCGCUGUUGGCUUGCCUGACGCACAUCUACCCCGAACAAAUGGGUUUCCUGUCUAAUCAGGCUCUCCAGUGCUGCCUCAGUCCGCUGACGUACGUCUCGGAAAGACUGGUCGGUGCGCUGAACAUGUUCGCGCCGUUGUUUUUUCGGAAGACCUAG